UGAACCCAUACAUACAUCUCAACUAUCCAUCAGUGAACCCAUACGUACAUCUCAACCAUUCAUCAGUGAACCCAAACCUGUAUCUCAGCCAUCUACAAGUGAAACCAUACCUGCACCCCUCCUAUCCGUCAGUGAACCCAUACCUGCAUCUCAACCGUCCAUCAGUGAACCCAUACCUGCAUCUCAACCAUUCAUCAGUGAACCCAUACCUACAUCUCAACCGUCCAUCAGUGAACCCAUACCUGCAUCUCAACCGUCCAUCAGUGAACCCAUACCUGCAUCUCAACCAUUUAUCAGUGAACCCAUACCUGCAUCUCAACCAUUCAUCAGUGAACCCAAACCGGUAUCUCUGCCAUCUACAAGUAAACCCAUACCUGCAUCCCUCCUAUCCGUCAGUGAAACCAUACCUACAUAUCAAGUGUCCACCAGUGAACCCAUACCUGCAUCUCAGCCAUCCACAAGUGAACCCAUACCUACAUCUCUACCGUCCACCAGUGAACCUACCUCUUGUCCUUCCGCCAGUGAACCCACACAGGUAUCUCAGUCAGCCAAUGAACCUAUACCUGUAUUAAUCUGUCCUAUAUGCAACAAAGAGAAGGCCCCACACCAGAGGAAAACAAAGACUGACUGGAUUUCUUGCAUGCACUGUGAUGUGAAGCAUCACCAGAAGUGUGCCAAAAUAAAAGGAAAGAAAAAAAAGUUCUUGUGUCAUAAUUGUUCACUGUUGACUGUUUUGUUCACUUGCUGA